AUGUCCAAAGAAGGACUAAACUGCAACGAGGAGAACAAGGUUAUUCCACUUGUUAAAAAAUGCCUAGACGUCAGUACUCUGAACUACAAAGUUGGAGUUCACCCAAACAUUGCCCCACUGGCCAACGGAAUCGUCCGCAAACGCGUAUCCGGUCCAGAUGACGCAGAGGUCCUCGCAUACCGACAGCUGGCCGUCGACUCGCACGGUUGCAAAGUGGUUCCUAAGUUUCUCGGCAUCCAUCAGCUGCAGGGGGAACACUUCAUAGAACUGCAGGAUCUGCUGCACGGUUUCCAGGAUCCGAACGUGAUGGACAUCAAGGUUGGCUUCCGAACUUUCUGCGAAAAUGAGGUGUCCAAUACAGCCCUGCGAGCAGACCUGUACCAGAAGAUGAUCGCUGUGGAUCCGAGUGCGCCCACGGCUGAAGAACAUCAGCAGAAGGCAAUCACCAAACUGCGGUACAUGCUGUUCCGAGAAAAUAUGUCCUCCUCUCAGGAGAAAGGCUUCCGGAUAGAGGCCCUGAAGAUGAAGGGUCGCUCACCGGUGACGGACAUGAAAACGGUUAAAUCGAGCAGCGACAUUCAGGCAACCAUCUCGCAUUUUGCAAAUGGGCGAAAAACGGUCAUUAAGGAUAUUCUGAAGAGACUGAAGCAAAUGCGCACGAUGAUUCAGAAGUCGGAGUUCUUCCAGCGCCAUCAAGUGAUCGGAAGCAGUAUCUUUAUUGUAUACGACAACCACAAAGUAGGCGUAUGGUUAAUUGAUUUUGCCAAAGCGUUACCAUUGCCCGAGGGCGUAAAAGUCGAUCACAGAAGGCGCUGGGCGCUAGGUAAUUGCGAGGAGGGGCUCCUGUACGGUUUCGACGAGCUGAUCCACACGUUCGAAGAUGUCUACAGAUCCUACCAACUGGCCGCCUCCGAGAGCAGAAAGUUAAACCGACGAUAAUUGCGUAUACGUACGAAUUAGGAAGAUACAAGAACCGAAGAGCUAGUCAUUGCUCCGUGCAGACCGCGGGGUGAAUCAUUGAAGAAAUAAUUUAAAUUCAAAAUAGGAAUACCAAGACUGAAGAUAUUGGUCGAAGCCAAAUGUCAAUAAUAUUUUGCAAGAAGCUAAUGCCAAUCGAUUUUGAUAGGAUAUAGCUGAGUAGAGGUUCAACAUAUGGCGUAGAAUAGACGUUCUAUAUGUUUAAGACAAAUUACUUAAUCAAAGACUCGAAAAAGACAUUUUCUAAUUAUAAUAACGGAUUACUAUUAUGUGAACGUCGAUUACUAGACCAAUUUUCCAUAUUGGAAAAUUACAUUGAAAAUUGCCUUAAAAUACUUGUCAAAGCAAAAUGAUUGUCGAGACUCCUCACACUUAAUCCACUCGAAAUGUAAAAAAGAAUGUCGUUACAAAUUGUUGGAUAUCAGAAUAUACUUAGAAUACUUUUGGUAAAUAAGUCGAUGAAAUUGAAUUUCGUCACACAUGUUCAAAGAAAUGCUGUAAUUAUUAACUUUGUUUUUACAUUAUUAUUAUUAUUAUCAUCAUUAUAACAAAAUAAAUAGUAUAGCGUAACAUAUUUAUAAAACGAUCAACAAU